AUGGUCAAGAUACGCUCCAGGAAGUUUGGAGCCGCGGAGAAGCUAAAACAUUCGGCCAAGAGAGAUCGGGGGGCGGCUCGGGGAGUCAACAAGCAGCACCACAAACUCAAGCUCGCUUGCUCGUCCACGCCCCCGCAGAAGACGGUACAGUUGCGGGACUUUCAGCAAGAGUGGUUUUUCAGCGACAUCGUCGGCCUCACAGAUAAGCAGGCUGAGAUGAUGCUGCGGCGUUUCGGGGUGCUGCCCAAGAAAGGAGGCGUUGUUCUCUGCUGGCAGUGCGGGGAGCAAAUGUCGCAGGCGAGUUCCAGCACAGGGGCCGACUCUGGUGAUGUCAAGCAGUGCUGCAACUGCAAAGUCCCAGGACGGCACUACUUGCAGCUGCGGCAUUCACAUGUUGCCUGGACCCCGUUUUGGCACGGCUGCACGAGAGGCUACGCCCCGAAGUAUGCUGCCUUCCUUCGCUUGUGUUAUUGCUUGGGCGUCCGCACACCACCGGAUGCUCUUCCCCACUACGUUAACGACAAGAAGGCGCAGGCUGGACCCAGGACUUUGCGCUGGUGGGUAGAGGCCGUGCGUUAUGCUUUGAGAUACGUUGCGAUGAAAGAGCAGACGGACGUUUUGCUGAAGGACGAGUUUGUGGAGGAGUCGGCAGAUGGCGCUUCCCACCUGGUUGUACGGCAGGGGUUCACUGCCCGUCACGCCAAGAAGCGUCAGCGGACCAAGGAGGAGAAGUACCAGAAGAAGAGUGCCAAGGACACGCCCAAGCAAGCUCAGCAUGGAAGAGUGCUGGUCAUGUCUGGACGGUUUUCCAAGAAGACUGUGGUCAGGCCUCUUCGGCACACCGUUCAGAAGCGCGGCGCGCCAGGAGGCGGAGAAGCCUUCCGUGAAAUCAUGCCUCUUAUGACGCGGCACAUAGAGUCAGACAGCGUG